AUGGCUGGUGGUGGUCAUCUGUUGGAAGGCACGGUUGCUGGUGGUCAUUGUUUGGAAGGCACAUCUAGUGGUGGUUGUUGUUUGGAAGAUGGAUUAUCGGUGAUUGGACAAGCAAUUGCAAGAAUCCGUGAGAGUGUUGCUUAUUGUUCAGGCUCUCCUAAAAGAGAGCAAAAAUUUGUUGAAGCAGCACGUCAAGAAGGCAUUGAAAGUACAAAGAAGUUGGCUCUUGACUGUGAGACUCGCUGGAACUCAACUUAUUUAAUGCUUGAAACUGCUUUCAUUUACAAAGAUGUGUUUUUUCGUUUAAAGCUUCGUGAGCCACAAUAUAGAUGUUUGCCAACUGAGGAGGAAUGGGAGUUGGCCGAACAAGUUUGUUCAAAGUUGAAAAUAUUUUAUGUUGCCACAAACUUGUUCUCUGGAACAAAAUAUCUGACAUCUAAUAAUUAUUUCCCAAAAAUUUGUGAAAUUAGAAUUGCAUUGUCUAACUGGCUUAGAUGUGGGAAUGAUUUGAUAAGGAAUAUGGCAACAAAAAUGCUUGAAAAAUUUAACAAGUAUUGGGAUGUGAUUCACGGUAUCUUGGGGGUAGCGAGUCUUUUAGAUCCUAGAUACAAAAUGAAAUCAUUAGAUUAUUUUUUUCCUCGGAUCUAUGGAGUUGAUGGUAAAUAUCAUAUUAUGAGAAUUCAAGGAUUAUUAUCAGAUUUAUUUAAUCAGUACCAAUCUAAGCAAGGAAGUAGUCAACCUCCUCCCAAUGCAACACCUUCUUUUCAGGCUAAUAUUCCUUGUAGUGAGGACGAUGGGUCCGUUAGUGACUUUGACAUGUACAUUGCCCAAGAAUCAAAUGUUGUUGAAGGAAAGUCAGAACUGGAUUUUUAUUUAGAGGAGAAACUUUUGCCUGGCACUCCUAACUUUGACAUAUUAGUUUGGUGGAAGGCAACUGGGCCUAAAUAUCCAAUCCUCUCUUCUAUUGCUCGAGACAUCCUUGCUAUUCCUGUCUCCACAGUCGCUUCUGAGUCUAUAUUUAGCACGGGUGGGAAGAAAUGUGGACUUACCCGACUGGAGCUUGCAAAACUUAAGGAGACAACAACUUAG